AUGUGCAGACCUGACAUUCCGCCACGAACCAGCUCCAACCUCCAACUUCAAGAAGAAAAGACUUAUGUUCCUCUCAUGAACUUCGAAGUUGGUUGGUCAAUUUUGAUCCAGCUUGGAGUUACCUCGAUCAGCUUCUUUCCGACCGAGGACGGCGUGGACUUUGAGACGUCGGUGCUGAAGCUCAAGAGUCGCCUCAGAGAGAUCUGUGAGGCCAACCCCUGGUUGGUAGGCAAGAUCGUCAAGGAUAAGAAAAGGCACGAAAGGCUCAUGUGUUCAUUUCCCAAUGUCAUUAGAGAUGAAGAUGUUGAUGCAAUAUUUUCGGCUGAUACCCUUGAUUGCAUGCAAGCUAUUGGGCGAUCUAGCUCUUACAAAGACGUUGCCAAAGCAGUUCGAAAGUCUGGAGCGAUUUGCAAAGCAGGGCACGAAUUGAUCAACAACUCUGAUAGAGUAACCAAGGUUUCAUUGCUGCCCAUCAACGACGGCAGAGAGAUUGCGUUUGUCUUUUCCCUUGCUCACGUGGUUGCGGAUGGGCAAACAUACUACCAGCUGUUGAAUAUGUUUGUUGACGAUAGUGCUAUCGAGUCACUCAAGGUUGAACGAGUCGAGAACUUUGAUAAAAUUGUCGUUCGAAGCAUUGGACAAAAGGAGAAAGGGCUUCUGGAAUCUUCCUCUCUUCUUGUGAAUCUAGCUAGCCGCAAACUAUUCGGUGCCCCUAUAUCCAAGGCAUCGGCCAACUACAUUGAUCAAACCAAGAUUGCCAAAGCAAAACUAGAAGCAAAGGAGGAGUACAGCAAGGAUCCAAACUUUUUUGUUUCUACAAACGAUGUCAUUACUUCUGCAUUUGCCAAUGCGGCAGAUAGUAGUGUCCUGCUGAUGACGUUGGACCUUCGAGGUCGUGUUCCAGAAGCCGACAAAAAGCAUGCAGGUAACUAUCAGACGGUCCUUUGGUACGACCGAGAAAGCUAUGAUGCGCCAGCCAAGAUUCGACAAAGUCUCAACCAAGGACCACCUUUCAAGCGAGUCUCCGCCAGUGGCCCACUGACUCGUUGGCAAAGAACCACCGCUAGUGUCUCCUUCAUCUCCAGCUGGGCAUUUCCGUCUUUUGAUGCAGACAUCCAUCUUUGGAAAGAGGAUGGCAGCCCUUCAGCUCCUGUCUCGCUCCAUCUCCCUCUAUAUGAAUUGGGCGAACAGCUUCCAGUUCCUUCAGCCAUUGUGUUCAAACCCUGCAAGGGAAAAAUUGCCAUGUUGUCCUUGUACCAGAAAAGGAACGACUUUUACAAGCGACUCAUCGCCAGUGAAAAUCUGUUGGGAGAGUCGAUCAAUGAGGACAUGUUUGUUUCGUAA